AUGGGCGAAGAUGCGGCGCAGGCGGAGAGGGGCGCCGGGCCCGAGGGCGCGCUGGACGGCGGCAGCCCCAGCCCAGUGCCGUCGGGCAGCCGGAGUCCCAGCCUGCAGCCGGUGGCUCCCGCGGGCGCGCCGUCGGCGGGCGAAGGCGGGGCGGCGCAAGUGAACGCCAUCACGGUGCUGACCCUGCUGGACAAGCUGGUGCACAUGCUGGAGGGGGUGCAGGAGAAGCAGCAGCGCAUGGAGGGGCGGCAGCAGGAGCUGGAGGCGGCCGUCAAGGGGGUGCAGGGCGACCUGGGCAAGCUGUGCAAGAGCCACGCCUCCACCAGCAACACGGUGGCCAAGCUGCUGGAGAAGUCGCGCAAGGUCAGCGCGCACACGCGCGAGGUGCGCGACCGCAUGGACCGCCAGUGCGCCCAGGUCAAGCGGCUGGAGCACAACCACGCGCAGCUGCUGCGCCGCAACCACUUCAAGGUGCUCAUCUUCCAGGAAGAAAACGAAAUCCCUGCCAGCGUGUUUGUGAAGGAACCUGUUCCCAGCAUUACCGAGGGGAAGGAAGAGCAAGUUGACGAGAACAAGGCUUUGGAAGAGACCAUGCAUACCGUGGAGCUGUCCUCCGAGGAUGAGGCACCCCAUGAGGAAGACGGCGCGGAGGACAGCCUGGAUGAGAAAAUGGAAGAAUCGAGGGCUGAGAAAAUCAAGAGGUCGAGCCUCAAGAAGGUGGACAGCCUGAAGAAAGCGUUUUCCCGCCAAAACAUCGAGAAGAAGAUGAAUAAGAUUGGCACCAAGAUUGUCUCUGCCGAACGGAGGGAAAAGAUUAAGAAGUCCUUCACCCCUAACCAUCAGAAGUCCUCCACCUCGAAAAGCUCGUCUUUCAAAGUCUCCCCCCUGACAUUCAACGUGAAGAAAAAUCGCGAAGGAGAAGCUCCCGCAGAAAUGCAAGAGAAACCAGCAGAAGCAGCCAGCGGUGAGCAGGUGGCAAAUGACGAGGAGACCUCCUUCACCGAGGUCCACUCCGAUCUGGUCUCUCCCACUUCUCCAGCCGAAGAAGGGAAGGCCUUUGCUGAUUCCCUCGAAAAAGAAACCAGGAGCGAAGAAGAAACAGCCAUGAUCAAUAACAACAUUGAGCUCGCCAUCGUCGAAGAAGACGAAGACUAUGCGUCCAUGCAGAGAAGAAGGGAGUAUUAUGAAGAAAGAAAUGUGCCAGCCGGCAGGGAAACAGAACAAUCGGAUGAAGAAUCGAACCAAGCUGCUGUCCUCCAGUUAGACCAAACAGCGUAGAUCAUCCAACCCUUCGUUGGCCUUUUUAAAUACACAUGGUGUGUUGUUGGUUUUCUUUAGUUACGUGAGUAACUAGGGUAUAUGUCUGUUACACAAGAAGAGGCAUGGAGCAAUAUUAAUUCAAGGCAGAGGGUUUCGAAAACGAACAAAAAAAUGUAGAUUUCCACACCAGGCUAAUUUCUAAAACCCUGACUGAAAUCCAUGAUGGAAAGGUCUGAUGCAAAUAUAACUUUAAUGCAA